CCAAAUUACUUAUACGGUAUCGACUAGAAAUGGAACCAGAAGUUGCUUUCUUUGUCAUUUUAGUAGUAAAUUGCCGUCAAUAUCGAAAUUAUCAAGGAAAAUAUUUAUAAAAAAAAGCCACUAUUUAUAUUUACUUACGCACCUAUGCAAACAAACGCCUAGCAUCAGAAAAGUAUCAGCUGAGCAUUUGCAAGUGGUGCGCAAUACUGCCGCUUCUAUUAAGUGCCCCAAAGAAGCCCCCACUUAUCUUUCUAUUUUACUGUACUCCUCUUUACAAAAAAUACAUAGAUUGACAUACCAAACGAAUCUGCCUAUGAAAUACCUUUACUUCAAAAAAUUUAAAUAAAUCGAACUGGUUGAGCCGUAAAUAUUCCUUUUUCUCUGCAAUGCAGCUACAUUUUGCGAUGAGCUUUCGGUUUAAGUUAGUAAUCUUUUAUUUCGGCUUGUUUGAUUGUUGUUGGAGCAUAGCGGCUUAUAAUUAUUUUUGCAGCAGUGAUAAUUGGUGUUCGAAAGGAAACCACUUAAUGUGUGAUACAUCUGCAAUUAAAGAGCAGGGUACGUUCAAACGCCACAUGCCAUUGACUUUCAAAGUGCGGCGUCUCUUUUUGGAGCACCACAAUAAGAUACGUGACAAAACGGCUGGCAGUAGCAAGGCGACGCGGAUGCGCAAUCUUAUCUGGGACAAUGAGCUGGCGUACUUGGCUCGUAUACAUACAGGCCUAUGCCCCAACAAUCCCAGCGAAUGCCACAGAACUGCGCGUUUUGAAAAAGUGGGUCUGAACACUGCAUUGCAAAACGGCUCAGACUACAUACAAAUCGAUCAUCUUAUAUCCAAUUCCUUCAAGGAAUGGGAGCUUGAUAGUUCCACUGCGCACAAAGUGCUCACGCACGACCAGGCGUCUCGUGUAGGCUGUGCCAUCGGCCACUGUGUCGACUGCGCUGAUAAAAAGGACCAUUGCUAUUUCACAUCUUGCUUUUAUGACAUGGACCAUAAGGAAGGCGAGACUACUCAAGAAACGGGCGAUAAAGCUGCCUCCAAAUGCAACGUAUGGGAUUCGGUUACGGACGAAAAGUAUGCAAAUCUUUGCCAUAACACAGGCAAAAACUUUCAAAAGAACUAACGAAAUCUUUAAAGCAAAACACACGAAAUUAAGUCAUUGCGUUUAUUAUACAUCUGCAGUUUUAUUGGACGCCAUUAUCCAAAAUGAACUUAUCUUAACUAUCUUUUACUUAAACCAUGCAUUUGAAUACGUUUAUUGCUUAAUAUCUUAUUUAGGUAUAGUCAUUAGUGUUUUCUUACAACAACAAUUGAUGUUCAUUAUAUUCAUAGACGUAUAAGCCAGCAAAUACAUCGCCGUAAUAAAUUUUAAUUAAAUGCUAACUUUCAAGUGAGGUGUAAAUAAUAACACUUUUUUACUUGUUUAAAUUAAAAAAAGGGUAUUCCACAUUAUCUAGCUUCAAGAAUCCUCGGUGUUAUUCUUCCAUACGUUCUAAAAAUAUAAUAAAUGUUCUCUCCUUUAAACAUCUGGCUGAUUAGUGACAAACAUUUCAAAUGGUGAGCUCAAUUACAUGGGGCACUCCUUAUCAAAUUAAUUCUUCGCUUCUCUCCCUCGUUUCCUUCACAGAUAACUCGGU